AAACACGGCCUUACGUCCUUACCUCUAUUUUCAAGAAAGUAUAUGAGGAAAGGAAAGGUCAGGUCUUAAAAUCAAAAGAAAAACCCCCAAAUUGAAUUUCACCGCCUAAAUUCAAAACCCUUAUUUCCGCAAUUGCAUCUUUAAUUUGAAAGGAAGUUACUUUCAAUUUGACCUAGAGAGAGAAAAUCAAACCCUUAAUUCAUCAUCUUUCUGCAAUGUCGGCACUUAAAACUCACCGGAAAAGUCUGGGUUCGUCGGGUCCGGCGGUUUCUACGACGUCGAAGCGUCAGGCGGUGAGGAUUCCGUCGUCGGAAAACGUAAAUUCGAAUUCGAAACCUAUCCCAAACAAUAGGAAGCGACCUCCUCUCUCUAACUUGACUAAUCAGAGUCGUUCCUCUGUUUCUUCUGCCACCAUCGCCCCUCUCGUACCAUGUGCUUCUUCUAAAAAUAUUAAGGCUAAAAAGGGAUGUGCUACGAGCUUUAGCGGUACAAACUUUCCGGGGAGUAACUUGCCGGCUUUGCUGACUAAAAAAUCAAAUGUUGUUGUUCCACCAAAGACAUCUUUGCCGAGAAAUGAUGUUAUAUCUUUACCAAAAGUAUAUCAUACCAGUAUUCCUUCAGCUUCGAGUAGGAUGGAUAUAUCUCCAAGUCCAUCAGAUGCAGAUUCUGUUUCUAUGGAAGAUUCAAUGUCCACAUGUGAUUCAUUGAAGAGCCCAGAGUUUGAGUACUUGGAUGAGAGUGAAGCAGUCAUGCUUGGGUCCAUUCAAAGAAAGACAUCUGAAAACCUUCACAUUGAUGACCAAGUGGAAAUUGCAGGAAAUUACUGCAAGCGAGAAUUACUUUCAGAAAUGGAAGUUGACAAAGUAGUUGAUGUUGAUGACAAGUACAUGGAUCCUCAGUUUUGUGCAACAAUAGCUUGUGAUAUUUACAAGCAUUUACGUGCAUCCGAGACAUUGAAAAGACCUUCGACGGACUUCAUUGAGAAGAUUCAGAAAGAUAUAAAUGCCAGCAUGCGUGCCAUACUUGUUGAUUGGCUUGUAGAGGUUGCUGAAGAAUACAGGCUAGUCCCCGACACACUAUAUUUGACUGUUAACUACAUAGAUAGAUAUCUUUCCGGCAAUACUAUAAACCGACAACGUUUGCAGUUGCUAGGUGUGGCUUGCAUGAUGAUUGCAGCAAAAUAUGAGGAGAUAUGUGCACCCCAGGUGGAGGAGUUCUGUUACAUUACAGAUAACACAUACUUUAAAGAUGAGGUUUUGGAAAUGGAGACUGCGGUACUUAACUACCUGAAGUUUGAAAUGACUGCCCCAACCACAAAAUGUUUCUUAAGGCGAUUCGUCCGUGCUGCACAAGUGAUGAGUGAGGCUCCAUCAAUGCAGUUAGACUGUUUGUCAAACUAUGUAGCUGAAUGUUCUCUCUUGGAUUACAACAUGCUUCAGUAUGCCCCUUCACUGACUGCUGCUUCAGCAGUAUUUUUGGCCAAGUAUAUACUGAGCCCGUCUCAAAGACCUUGGAACUCAACUCUGCAACAUUACACACUUUAUGAGGCUUCUGAUUUACAUGACUGCGUGAAAGCUCUUCACCAGCUUUGCUUGAGCAGCAGCAGCUCUAGUUUGUCAGCAAUCAGAGAGAAGUACAGCCAACAUAAGUACAAGUUUGUGGCGAAGAAGAACUGUCCUCCCUCAAUACCGUCAGAGUUGUUCGACAGUUAAGGAUUCGGGUGGGCUGUUCUGUACGAGUAGACAUGAAAUGCUUGUAGGGUACUUACUGGGUUCAUAUGAGUUGAUGGGCUUUGUAGCAAGUUAUUCUGAUGUAAUGGCUGUUCUGUCAUGUUUAGCAAUCAAUCAUGUAAAAAUCUCCUUUUUGAGCCCCGUCCCCGUCCCCGUCCCACUGCUUCUCCCGGAGCAUGCAUGCAUGCGUGUGUGGAAAUUGGGAAUAAGUAAAUAUGGUCAACUUGUUCCUUAUCUAACAUCUAAUUAGAUAAUCAAACAAGUUUUUUUCCUGUC